ACGACGAAGAUGUCCACGUUUAACGAAAUAAAAGAUUGGCCAUUGGAUGUCAUAGAUGAGCAGAUAAAGCGCUUAGAAAACAGCGUAUACCACUUAGAACGUACAAAUAAAGAGCUUUUAGCUUUCUUACCAAAGAAAUCUCAAAAUAAACUCAUAGAAGGCAGCUUUGAAGCACAAUCGAUCGGUUCCAGAGACCAAGAAAUCCAGGCGAUGGAGGAUGAAGAACAGCUCAGGAGGCUAUCAGACGAUAAUGGAGAUGAUACAGAGCUCGUAAAUGGCGUUAUAAAGGAGAAUGAAUACACUAUUGCAAGUCAAAAUGAGCGCAUAUCAUUACUCAAGUACGCGAAAGCAUUACGUCUCAACACACACGAGGAAGCACCUAAAGAGACACCUCCAGCACCAUCAACGGGUUUAGAAUUAUAAGUAAAUAAUAAAUUGGUUAACCAAAACAAAAACAAAACAAACAAAUUUCAGGAAGUGUAUAUCUUAAAUAGCAUCAGAAAGUUCAACUUGAAUACCGUUAUGCGGUUGUUGAUCACUCAUGAGCCACUUUGUAACGAAAUUGUCGUCAUGCUCUUCCAUUCCUUUCUUCAUGGACACUGAAGGGUAUGGUGUAGCAGCAGUUGGAGUGAUGGGUGUAGCCGACUCUGUAGGCGUAGCGUUGCUUUGAAGGUUACCCCCGUUAGUUUCGCUACCUUCCCUCUCAAUAAUUUGAGGCAACGACGAUUGUGAACUAGCAUGAUCAAUCUCUACCGUGUGGUUUUGCUGAGGUGACGACAUUUUACUAACACUAGCACUACCAGCUUCACUUUGUGUUUCUUUCUCCUCCUCUGAUUUAUUCUCUUCGAUUGAUGGUGCAAUUGGCACGGCAUUCAAAGCAGAGCUCGAUCCGGUAUUUGAUGAUCUAUUAUCUUGGGAUGAUUGUGAAACCUGGGAAUGAUAAGAACGUUGCGAUUGUUGUGAUUGUCGCGAGUUCGCUCCAACACUACUGCUUGACUGUGGCUUCAUCGAAGCAGAUGUAGAUGUGGAUGGUAUAGAUGUAGGUAUCUCUAAAGAUUUCAAGAAAGCGUCAAUAAACAACUUACACUCAUCGAGUGUCUGUGCGUUGUUAACUAUCUUAUGCAUCCUAACCAACUUCUCUUUAUGGACGUAUUCACUAGAAGUGACUGAUUCGGGCAUAGUCUGUACUCCGGAGCUGUAUUUGCCAGAGCUAAAUCUACCAUUUGUUGAUGUACUAGUAUGCUUUUCUGAUGACGAUUGAUUGUGUGAAUAGCUAGAGCCAGAUUGAUACUUUUCACCUCUUUCGACGUCAACCAAUGCAGGUACUGGUUUGCGUGGUGUAGCUGGUUUACCCUUCCUUUUGACACUAUGAGAGCGCACGCGCGCAGGUAAAGGAGCGCUGAAUGAUGGCGUCAUUGAUGGCGCCAUUUCAUCGGUAUUAAGACUAGAAGUGCGACUAAUGGCAGGCAUUGGUGGACUUAGAUUGAGGUUAUCUUGCGAAGAUUGAGUUCUCCUCAAAACAGCAGCUGCGUACUGGUCAGCAAUUGCAGAGCUCGAGCUUGGUAUCGGAUAUUGUUGCGCUUGUGCUGCUGAGAGCUUUGGUGAUUGCUGUAUUUGUACGUAAGAAGCUGGUGAAGUCGAGCGUUGUGGUGAUGGUGAUCUAGUAAAGCUCGUUGACAUUGGAAGUGGAGAUUGUAUUGGUGGAAGCUUAUCUUGUACCUGUGGCUGCGGCUGUGGUGGCGGUUGUGGUUCUACUGGCACCUGUGGCAGGACUUCUGAUUGUUUCAAGGAUGUCUCGGAGCGUAUUGAGGGUAUAGCAGGUGAUGGUGACUUUAAUGGAACGUCUGGGUGGCGUAUAGUUGAUGAACUUGACUUUGCAGUGGAGUUCGCGGAUAAAUUCACUGGGAAACCGGUCGUGGUGUUCAAAAUUGAAUUGUUUGAGUUAUUGUGUGCGUGCUUCGAGGAUUUAAAGAUUGACUUGAACUUGCUAGAGCUCUUCUUUGGCUGCAGCGGUGGUUUCGGAUUCCCGGGUGGCUCUGUAUUCAGGAAGGCUAUCAAAUCCCUGCUGAAAUCCGACAAGCCAGCUGUCUUAUGGUUUUGUUGCGAGUUCGGUUCAUCGUCUACACUAGAAGGAAGACUGUUGAUUGAUCUGCUCUCCUUUUGGUGUUCCCAUGGUGGUGUACUGUUCAAGAAGUCCAUCAGGGACUCCUUCGGUUUCGUGUAAACAACAUCGUCAUCGAACUCAUCUGCCUCAUCGAGAUGGUCAUCGUAAUAUCCCUGCUUGGAUCUUGUUGACAUCGUUCUCGUUGUUCUCGU